AUGAAGACGCACUUCAACAUCCCUGUGUCCCAGCAGCUGGUGGACAGAAUCGGGGGGCCCUAUGUGCUCUACUCUGUGCACCUGGAAGGCUUCCUCUUCUGCAAAGUGCGCUACAGCCAGCUGCAACGCUGGAACCAGCAGCUGAGACGGGUCUUCGGGAAUUCCCUGCCUCCAUUCCCUCCAAAAUAUUACCUUGCGAUGACCACAUCCAUGGCUGAUGAGAGGAGGGAGCAACUUGAGCAGUAUUUACAGAGCGUGCCUACGGAUCCAAAUGUCCUAAGAAGUGAUGUCUUCAUCGGUUUUUUAAAAACGUUGCAGCAGGAUACCUUUAAGAUCAUCACGAAGAAAGGGCCUUUGGAUGUGUUUUUGCCCAAUGGAAGGAGAAUUCGAAUUGAGAUUCUGACAUCAGAUACUGCUGAAAGAGUCCUGGAGAUUGUGGCAUACAAGAUUGGACUCUCUCGAGAACUCCUGGGAUAUUUCAACCUGUUUCUGAUUCAGGGAGGCGGUCACGGAGACCUCACAGUAAUUAAGAAAAUGGCAGAAUUUGAGCUCCCGUUUGCUAGUCUGCAAAGCGUUGAAGUCGAAAACUGCAAGGUUGGACUUAGAAAGUGGUAUAUGGAUCCUUCUCUUGAUGAAAGGCUUAUGGAUUGCAAUGUUGCUGUAGAUCUGCUCUAUAUGCAGACACUGCAGGAAAUAGCAGAAAACUGGACCAAGCCAACCCAAAGCCAGAGACAGGAAUUAGAGAGGCUGAAGAAGGCAAAUGACAAAACAAAGUUUUUGGAGCUGGCUCAAGAAGUGUGGCAUCACGGGUAUCUACAGCUUGAUCCUUGUACCUGUGACUUCCCAGAGUUUGGCUGCAGGGUGGCCAUCUCCUUGGGCAAUGACGAGAUCAGCUGCUGCAUCCAACUGCCUAGCAAUCAGACCAAAGAGGUCAACUUCAAGAUGAGCAGGGUGAAAUGCUGGCAGGUCACUUUCCUUGGAGCUGAUGGGGAGGUGAAUGGCCCGGUCCAAACCCUUGACCAAAACCUGGAACUCAGAUUUCAGUACAGCGAAGAGAACACUUGGCAGUGGUUUUCUAUUUACACAAAGCAGGCUUUUCUGCUGAGUAGCUGUUUGAAAAAGAUGAUAUCAGAGAAGCUGAUGAAGUUAGCAGAAGAAGAUCCAGAAAUGGUGAGUCCUUUGUAUGUUUUAAAAAAUUUCUUUGUAAAAUAUGUCCUGGCCCUACCCUCUUUUCAGCACCUCACCACCUGA